AGACUCCGCGGGGAUUUGGUCUACCUGUGGAAGAUUCUACGUGGCGAUCUGGGACCGGAGUUACGUGCCGUUUCCACUGCGAGAUUGCAACCGGACGCGCGGCCACAGGCUCACCUUCCGGAAGCUUCAGUCAACGGGGCUUCCUCUGGUCUAUCCCCUUUCCCGGAGGGCGACUUCCCUCUGGAAUUCACUCCCGUUGGAGGUGGUGGAGGAGCAGUACGAGACGCCUUUCAAACGCCGUCUCGUUGA